GAAAUGUUUACCAAACAAUGUUUCGGCAUUGAUUCCGCCUCGGGAACCAGUUGCGAACCUACUUACCGGAUCGAUUUCGAAUCGAAACAUUAUAAAUCCCAUCACUAGCUCCCAGCACUGUACGUCAACUGGGAUGCGUGAAUCACAACAAAAACAUUGAAUUAACACUGCAUGUCCGUGUUUCUGCUCAGCAAGCUGUUUGUGAACUGUGUAAUCGUGCGUUUACAAAAUAUCUGUUCCAACAUUUAUUAGCACCGAGCGAUAGUCAUCUUAACAAGUGUACUCAUCAACACCAAUCCUACAAUGGGACAACAAACUGUUGCCAAAGACGAAAUGCUGAAAAUGCGUACCGACACUUCCUUCCUACCUGCAUGCUGGUCGGAUGAUAGACGUAUGGGCAUUCUCUUAGCCGAAUUCCGGCCAAGGCAGCUAAACGCCGAAAGUUACGAUAUGAAAAUGAAGUUUUGGAAGGACUUAAUUUUCUCAUAUUGCACUGAGUGUGGAUCAAGCAUAGUGUCUAUCGUCAUGUUGAAGGAAAAGUUUCGAAGAAAUGGUACCGUUCCUUACUGCUUGCAUACCGUAAUAGAGGACAUGUUAGCGAAAGGUGAGCUAUGCAAAGAGAGCCAAUACAAAGUACAACGGCACGCUGGAACAUUUGGAUUUAACCUGUGGACAGCAUCGAAAUUGAUACAAGCUCCACUCUCCUGGGGAUAUGAAGCGGUGAUUGGCAGCGUAAUCGGUUCGACCAAUAUUAAUGAAAAUGAAAAUUUUAUUGUUACGGCUGUUGCAGAACAACAUGCAAAAGCUAUUGAGAAUGCAAUCAACGAACGCGGAUUGCAGAACAAGUUACUGCAGUACGAUGAUUUGAUUACGUUACUGGCCGAAACAUCAAACAUUACGCGACAGGGUGUUGAACCAGCUAUGAUAUUACUCGAAAAUAGGGGUCGUUUGACAAAACAGAUAAUGGCAAGUGGGGAAAGCAGCACGGUGCUUAUUAAAUUUGCUGGAGCGAAUCUAGCAGCUCAACCCAUAACAAGCAUAGAAAAAUCCAUAUACGAUCUCGAGCAGAGUGAAAAACGAUUAAUGAAAGACAUUAACACGAUUGAACGUAACAUAAGCCAAACAAUGGAUGAAGUUCGAGAAUAUAUCAAAAACGGGCGUAAGCAAAUGGCAAAAACCUACUUAAAGAAGAAACAUACUCUCGAAAAACAUAUGCAAGGCAAAAUAAGUGCGUUGGAAAAUCUUCAAAUUUUACUUCUAAAGAUUCAUAACAGCCAAUCUGACAAAAACGUAAUAGAAGCAUAUAAGUUAGGUACGAGCGCCUUAAAGAGUGCAUACGAAUCUGCAGGUAUUACAAUCGAUCAGCUAGAUGAAACUAUGGAUGAAAUGAAACAUGUUUUAGGACAGCAUAACGAAAUGUUAUCAAUGAUCAGCACAGUUGCAGAAGACGAUGUCGACGAGCUAGAGCUUGAGCGGGAGCUAGGAGACCUGAUUGAUAUUAAAUUAGCAGAGAGCAAAAUCGAUAAAAAAGAUUAUCCGGCAAUCCCUGCUACAUCCACCGUCGAAAACAAUGUCAAUAAUGUACCUGACUUUGAUAGAGAAAUCGAGAAGCGUUUGGCAGCCCUUAGAGUUGAUGUUAUUGAUGGGUAUAAAGCAGCAGAACAGGCAUAGUGAACAGAGGUUCUCAACACACACAGAGGUCAACAAUGACCAGUAACUAAAUAUUAACAUCCGAAAGUAAUGGCAAAUAAUUGCAUACAGUUGCAUAAAAGAAAAUGUAGAACUUUUCGAGUUUAAAUGAAACAAAUAAAAUUUGUAAUAAAUAACACAAAA